CAGACCGCAGUGGCGCGAAAAGUCUUCAGUCGUGAGGUGUGACGGUGGCGGCAGCGUUUUGUUUCCCGUUUUCAGUUUCAUCACCGAGAAAAGUUGAUCAGAAAUAAUGGCGACCGACAUGGUGGACGACCGGGAGAUGAGGGAGGCGCAGAGGGACUAUGUGGACUUCCUGGACGACGACCAGGACCAGGGCAUCUACCAGAGCAAAGUCCGCGACAUGAUCGGAGACAACAAAGCCCGGCUCAUCGUCAACAUCAACGACCUGAGGAGGCGCAACGAGACCCGGGCCGCAAAGUUGCUGAACAGUGCGUUUGAGGAGCUGCUGGCCUUCCAGCGGGCUCUGAAGGACGUGGUGGCCACGGUGGACGCCACCUACGCCAAGCAGCACGAGGAGUUCUUUAUCGGGCUGGAGGGCAGCUUCGGCUCCAAGCACGUGUCCCCCCGGACGCUGACCUCGCGACUGCUGGGCAGCGUGGUGUGUGUGGAGGGCAUCGUCACCAAGUGUUCUCUUGUGCGUCCCAAAGUGGUGCGCAGUGUCCACUACUGUCCAGCCACCAAGAAAACCAUGGAGAGGGUGUACACCGACCUGACCUCUCUGGAUGCCUUCCCUUCCAGUGCCAUUUACCCAACCAAGGAUGAGGAGAACAACCCCCUGGAGACGGAGUUUGGUCUGUCCAUCUACAAGGACCACCAGACCAUCACGGUGCAGGAGAUGCCGGAGAAGGCUCCAGCCGGUCAGCUGCCCCGCUCUGUGGACAUCGUUCUGGACAACGACUUGGUGGAUUCCGUCAAACCAGGAGACCGAGUCCAGGUCGUGGGGACAUACCGUUGCCUGCCUGGGAAGAAGGGAGGGUUCACCUCCGGCACGUUCAGGACCAUCAUGAUCGCCUGUCAGGUCAAACAAAUGAGCAAGGAGGUCUCCCCGUCCUUCUCUGCCGACGACGUGGCCAAGAUCAGGAACUUCUGCCGGACUCGCUCCAUUAACGUGUUUGACCGGCUGGCCCAUUCGCUGGCACCCAGCAUCCACGGACACGACUACAUCAAGAAGGCCAUCCUGUGCAUGCUGCUGGGCGGGGUGGAGAAGGUUCUGGAGAAUGGUACCCGCAUCAGAGGAGACAUCAACAUCCUGCUCAUCGGUGACCCGUCGGUGGCGAAAUCCCAGCUGCUGCGUUACGUUCUUCAGACCGCGCCCAGAGCCAUCCCCACCACCGGGCGGGGCUCCUCCGGCGUGGGUCUCACUGCUGCAGUCACCACUGACCAGGAGACCGGUGAGCGCCGGCUGGAGGCGGGCGCCAUGGUGCUGGCGGACCGCGGCGUUGUGUGCAUUGACGAGUUCGAUAAGAUGUCCGACAUGGACCGCACCGCCAUCCACGAGGUGAUGGAGCAGGGUCGGGUCACCAUCGCCAAGGCUGGAAUCCACGCCCGGCUCAACGCCCGCUGCUCCGUUCUGGCUGCUGCCAACCCGGUCUACGGCAGGUAUGAUCAGUAUAAAACCCCCAUGGAGAACAUCGGCCUGCAGGACUCCCUGCUGUCCCGCUUCGACCUCCUCUUCAUCGUACUGGAUCAGAUGGACCCCGAGCAGGACCGGGAAAUCUCGGACCAUGUCCUGAGGAUGCACCGCUACCGAGACCCCCGUGAGCAGGAGGGAGCAGCCAUGGCUCUGGGUGGGACCGUAGAUGUUCUGGCCACAGACGACCCAGAUGGCCUGGGAGAAGAGCAGGAGGAGCUGCAGGUUUAUGAGAAACACAACAACCUGCUGCAUGGAAGCAAGAAGAAGAAGGAUAAGAUUGUGAGUAAGGAGUUCAUGAGGAAGUACAUCCACAUCGCCAAGGCUAUAACGCCCACGCUGACGGAGGAGGCAGCCAAUCACAUAGCGGAGGAGUACUCCAGACUGAGGAGCCAGGAGCAGCUUGGUUCUGACGUUGCCAGGACCUCUCCAGUGACGGCCCGUACCUUGGAGACCCUGAUCCGUCUGUCCACGGCACACGCGAAGGCCCGCAUGAGCAAAGCUGUGGAGCUGGUGGACACAGAGGUUGCUGUGGAGCUGGUCCAGUUUGCCUACUUUAAGAAGGUUCUAGAGAAGGAGAAGAAGCGCUCCAGGCAGGACCGUGACUCCAGUUCAGAGGAGGAGAAGGAGGAUGAUGAGGUGGUCACCACACAGCAGUCACGAAGUACCAGAAAGAGGGGGCGCCGUGGCUCUAACAGCAGCGAGCCCUACAGCCCGUAUGACUUCAGUGAAGAACAAACUGUUCCUGAGAUUCGGGCUGGCGCCCCGAAACCAGACCAGCAGCCGCAGGAGGAGCCUAUGGACGCCACAUCACAGGCCGAAGCAGCGGACCUGUCUGCUGAGAGGCUGAAGGAGUUCAAAUCGUCCCUGUUCACCGUGUUCCAGUCCAGCCACGCUCAGUCGGUGAAGAUGUCCAAGCUGAUGGACGACGUCAACAAGGACCGUGAGAGUCGGUUCACGAAGCCGGAGGUCCGCGCCGCCUUGGCUCGCAUGCAGGAUGACAACCAGGUCAUGGUGGCCGAUGACAUGAUCUUUCUGAUCUGAGGGACAGGAGGAUCUCGGGACUGUUUAUAGCCAUCGGCUGUUUCUGUCCUCUCAGAGCUCAAGUGGCGGUCAUCCUGGAUGACCUUUGACCUUGUAUAUAGUGUUUGCUGUUCUAAGUGCUGCAGUUUGUGAAAUAAACAUCUGAGAAUACCA